AUGAACAUGAAGAAGCAACUGUGGUCCCUGGCCCGUCUGUUCCUGCCUGGUGUGGGAUUUAUUUUGACCUGCAUCGGGGCCUAUCUGGCGUCCCUGCAGACGGAGUACGGGUACAAUUGCAGGGUCAUCCAUGCCUACAUCAUGAUUUUGUUUGGCUUCCUGGCUGUGCUCAUCGGAGUCUUCUGGAACAUCUGCCACAGCAUGAAGAGCAAGAUGUACCAAAGAGGAGGACAUGAACAGCACAUCCAGGUCUACACUAUUGAAAGACCAAACUCCUCCCCUCCAUCGUACGAGGAGUCCCAGGGCAGCCAGCAGUGUCCUGAUACAGCCCCUGAGUUUGUGGUGGUGGUAGACGAGGUGGAUGUGGUGAUGAGUCUUGCUCCUCCUCUAUACAGCCAGGACAGCUCGGAGGCUCCAGACUGCACAUGGAGCUGGGAGCAGCCUCCUCGGUACAGCCAGGUAGAGCGUAUUCAGCUGGAGGAGGUGGAUGCAGACGAGUGGAGGGAGGCUUUGCCCGGACACUGA